CUUUUCGCCCAUAUUGAAGAAUUUUUAUAACUCUUGCUUCAAAAUGGCGUCGAAUUUUAGUGGUGUACUGCAGUUGACUGAUCUUGAUGACUUUAUUAUGCCUUCACAGGAAUGUAUCAAGCCAGUGAAAAUUGAAAAAAAGACUGGAAAACUUGGAAAAAUCAGGAUUGAAGAUGAUGGGACGUACUUCUCUGUGUCAGAGACAGGUGAAGAAAAAAAGCUUGAAAAGGCAAAGGUAACCUUAAAUGACUGCCUGGCUUGCAGUGGGUGCAUCACUUCAGCUGAGAGCAUUCUUAUCACACAACAAAGUCACGAGGAACUAUAUCGAAUUCUACAGGAAAACAAGCUUCUUAUAGAAGGUGGGAAAGAACAAGAGACAAAGACUGUAGUUGUGUCAGUGUCACCUCAAGCUCGAGCUUCUUUGGCUGUUAAAUAUAACCUCACUUUGGAUACAGUGGUUCAAAAGCUUACUGGAUUCCUAAAAAAAUUAGGAGUGCACUAUGUUUUUGACACCAGCUUUGCCAGAAACUUCAGUCUGAUAGAAAGCUGCCAUGAAUUUGUCAAACGGUUUUAUGACUCGGAAACAAGUCCACAAGCACUUCCAAUGUUGACGUCUGCAUGCCCAGGCUGGGUGUGCUAUGCUGAAAAAACUCAUGGCUCCUAUAUCUUGCCAUACAUAAGCACAACUCGGUCACCUCAGCAGAUGAUGGGAGCUUUGGUUAAGGACUACUUUGCCACCAGAAUCAACUGCUCCCCUGCACAAAUAUAUCAUGUCACUGUUAUGCCUUGCUUUGACAAAAAGCUAGAAGCAUCACGUUCAGAUUUCUACAGUGAUGUGUAUCAUACACGAGAUGUUGACUGUGUCAUUACAUCAGUUGAAGUUCAAGCAAUGCUGGAAAAGGAGAGCAUUUCCCUUGCAGAUGUAGAAGACAUGCCAAUAGAUACAGAGUUGAGUCAUCACAAAGAUGGAGUGCUUGUAAACCAUGCUGGAGGGGGGUCUGGUGGAUACCUUGAACAUGUAGCACAAUAUGCUGUAAAGGUUCUGCACAAUUCAGUGUUGUCCAGCAUCAACUACAGGGUCAUGAGGAAUGCUGAUUUCAAGGAAGUGGUGAUCGAGACAGAGGGCAAGCCGACACUGAAGUUUGCCCAGGCCUAUGGGUUUCGCAACAUACAAAACAUAGUGCAAAAGAUAAAGAGAAAAAAAUGUGACUAUCACUUCGUGGAAAUCAUGGCCUGUCCUUCUGGUUGCAACAAUGGUGGUGCACAGAUACGACCAGAAGUUGAAUCACCAAAGGAUCGAUUCCAGCAGGUGGAAGAACUGUAUCGAAAUCAAGCAUGCUUGUUACCUUCAGAAGUGUCGGAAGUAGAACGACUGUACAGAGAAUGGCUUGGUGGCACAGGAUCCGAGAAAGCUAUGAGGAUGCUACACACUAAGUAUCAUGGAGUUGAAAAGACUAUGAAUAUUCUUAACAUCAAAUGGUGAUAUUACUUAUGCUCAUCAUAAAAGAUUUUUUAUUCUCACACUGGUAAGAGAGAUAAAGUUUACCCAUAAUAAUUCUGUGAUAAGUUUAUGGGGAUGAAGGAGUUAGAAAAGUUCUAAAGAUCUUUAUUCUUGCUUAUGAAGACCAAGAAUAAAUGCAGCUAAUACCUUUCAAUCUUA